AUGAAACUAUUUAGUUUUUAUUUCGUAUUAGCGGUGGUUAUAGAAAUUGUUUUUAGUUUUAAUUCUCCGGCUAGUGCUUUUACCAGAAGACAUAAAAACAAUCGUUUACAUUGCUAUUAUGCUGAGGAUCAAUGUCCUAAUAAGGAUAUACAAUUUUGGUUGUACACCAAAGAAACUGAACAAAAUCCCUUAUUGCUGGAUCUACUCAAUCUUAAUCCCGCUGCAUUUCCCGAACGUUUACCUUUAAAAAUUCUAUUACAUGGUUUGGGACUAGAUCAUGAUCUUUCACCUAAUGAAGAAUUACGUCCGCUACUGUUGCAACACGAGAGUGUUUAUAUAAUAAGUGUGGAUUAUAAAAAUCUCUCAAGAGUUCUUUGCUUAACACCUUGGGCUCUAGAAAAUAGUCGUAUUAUAGCGAAAUGUUUAGCCUUGCUAAUCAAUAAUUUAGUGGAUCAGGUAAUGUACUCACCGGACGAUAUACAUUUAAUUGGUUUUAGUUUAGGGGCGCAAAUUGCCGGUUUAUCUGCGAACUAUUUAAAUUAUAGAGUAAAGAGAAUUACAGGUUUAGAUCCCGCUGGUCCCACUUUUGAUACUGACAAUAUAACCGAGCGUCUCGAUCCUACAGAUGCUCAAUUCGUCGAUGUUAUACAUACAGAUCCACGAUUUUUUUCCAUAAGUCGUGCAAUGGGUCAUGCUGAUUUUUAUCCCAACUAUUUAAAACUUAUACAACCUGGCUGUAGUCCUAUAGAGGAGUAUAGAAAUUGCAAUCAUUUUCGCUCUAAUAUAUAUUACGCUGAAUCUAUUGUAACUAAUGUGGGCUUUUGGUCCUAUAAUUGUGGCAGCUAUAUGGAGUAUUUAUAUAAUCAAUGUGCUAAUUACUCAGAAAUACCACAUGCUUUAAUGGGUUAUUAUGUGGAUGAGAGUGUUAGAGGUUCUUAUUUCUUAGAAACGAAUUCCAAACCUCCCUAUGCCCAGGGUCCGUUAGUUCAAGUCGAAUUGCAGGUUGCGGAUAGUAUUGCUUAA